AUGAUCUUGGAAGAUUUCGUCCCUUUCGAUGUUCUUCAAUCACAGUUAUUCAUCCUAAAAAUUCUAUCCGCCUGUAUGACAAAUCAUUGGAAAUAUUAUCGGGGUUCUCAACAUGAGAUAGAUAAUCAAUCAAAAGCUAUACAAGUGAUUCCUUCAAAUACUCAAUCAAAUAUUCAAUCAAAUAUUCAAUCAAAUACUCAAUCAAAUAUUCAAUCAAUAAAUGAUUCUGAUUCUGUCUCCUCUUCUACAACCCAAAAUAUUCCUCAACCUGUAAAAAUUGAUCAAAAACAACAAAAAUUACCGAGGUCAUGGGAUGAUCCUCCACCUUUGGAAGAUCCACUUGCUAAAUACAUUUUGAGCGUAUUAUCUAGAUUCCUUCAUCAGUUUGUUACUCAUGAAGAUAAUAACCCAAAUCUUCAAAAUGGUGCUUCAAGUGGUCAACCUCAAAAAGAUCAUGGUUUACCUAAUAAUCCUAAUGUUCAAUUUUCCGCUGCUACUCAUGAAAUCAUUUCUGAAAUUUAUAAAAAUGCUGGACGUGUUAUAUUUUAUAUUAGUGCUUCAAAUUGGCAUGUAGUUUUCUCUAGAAUUAAAAAUCGUAUUGGGUAUUUAACUUCAACAAAUGAUGAUUGGCCUGAAACUGCUGAAUUAAAAUUAUUAGAGGUCUCUGACCUAAAUUCCAAAAGGUUGUCCAUGGUUUUACAAGAAUUAUGUGGCUCAUUUUUACAUCUUAAAAAAUCCGCUCAACUUGUAAUGGCCAAUGUUCUACGGAAGGCUAUUUGGAAUUGGAUUGAGGUUUUUCCUGCUGAAUUUGUACAUUUAUGUCAAAGCCAAAAACGAUUAGAGGGUGGUCCUGAGAUUUUAUUUGAUAUUUGUUAUAAUCUUGCUGAUAGCACCCGUCGUAAAGCUACUUUUUGGCCAUUACAAACCAUGCUAUUAAUUUUAUGCCCUGAUAUUCUUUCGAAUGCUUUUAUGAUUGAACGUCCUCCCUCAAUGUCAAAAAAGGCGGCAUUUCUCGAAGCUCUAAGAAAUUCUUUAAGGAGACCUCGACUCGCUGAUGUCGCUGCUGUAUGUUACGUCGAUAUAUGUAAAGCUUCUACUUAUAUUGCUAGGAAUGAAUCUUCUGCUUUACGGUCAUUAGUUCCUGAAAUCGAAAAAGACUUACAAUUGAAAUUAUUCGAUCCUGGAAGGCCAUUUACAAGUGAUCAACAAAUUGAUCAAAAGCUCAUGACUGAAUGCUUAACAGCUUUAUUCAGAUUAAACAAAGACACUUUAGGAAAUCUGAUUCCAGUUUGUUUGGCUGAAAAUGCUCCUAGCACAUUUAAAUUAGUGCUAGUGAAAAGUUGCUAUGCUAUCGCCUCAGAGGAAAAUAGGUUCCCAUGGAAUCCGCAACUUUCUUCUGUAUAUUCAAUUCUUGCUGUACCUUUGCGUAAAUUAUUUCACCAGCACGUUUCGAGUCGAGAUAGGAAUAAUGAUCCUAGAAGAAGGAGGAUGCCAAGGGAAAGAGCAGAUGAUGAUCCUAACGGAAACCCUGAGGAGAUUCGAUUGGUUAUCCAUGGAAUGACCCUAUGUGUUAAUGAUCAUAAUA